AUGCAGAGAAUAAAGAAGACCGCUGGGAUCGCUUCUUUGGAAGUCAAACCUGUGAGGAAUGAAGUGCACAGGGGAAUCAGGGCAUACAGAGUAAGUGAGCAUGCAACUACUGCAGUCAUCCUGAACAGGCUCAUGCUCGGAAGGGAAUUACGUGGAAAGUUCCCUGAGGUCAAGGGACAACCUAAACAUAGGGACGACACGAUUAUUCGCUAUCGCGACCGAGAACAAAAACAGAAGAUGAAGCAAUACGCUGGCAAAAGAAGACACCCAGCCGUGAUGAAAAUUUAAGUCGGGGACACGGUGUUGUGCAAGCAGGAACGAAUGACAGCCUGACGCCUUUGUGUUACCCGGAUCGUAUGGUAGUCAUUGGCGUCAAGGAAAGCAUGAUUACUGCCAAGAACAGCGUGAGGAUUCGCACCAGGAAUUACGCCGUAUAGAAGCUGCUUAAAAAGGGUUGCAGGGAAUCACCUCCGUGUGAUGAUUCUGAAAGCGAUGGUGCAUUUGAACCGGAUGCGGUUAAAAUUGAUAGGUCAUGUGAACCCCCUCAAGGUCCAGAGCAAUCCAGAGCAGGCUCGGGUGGAGAUACAGUGUCAACGGACAGAUCCAGUGAAUCACGGCAAGGUCAUGAGCAGCCAGGAGCAAACAGCGAC